AUGAAGGGCAAGACCGGCGCGAAGGGUGGGAAGGUCACGAACAAGUACACGAUCAACUGCUCGCAGCCCGUGUCGGACAAGAUCUUCGACCUCUCGGCGUUUGAAAACUUCCUGCACGACCGCAUCAAGGUCGAGGGCCGCACGGGCAACCUGGGCGACAACGUCGCCAUCAGCAAGAUCGGCGACGGCAAGAUCGAGGUCGUCACCCACAUCCCUUUCUCCGGCCGCUACUUGAAAUACCUGACCAAGAAAUUCCUCAAGAAGCAACAGCUCCGCGAUUGGCUGCGCGUGGUCUCGACCUCCAAGGGCGUCUACGAGCUGCGCUUCUUCAACGUCGUCAACGACGAGGGCGAUGAGGAUGAGGACUAA